UGAAAGUGAAAGUAAAAGUGUUUUAUUAACACGUGGCCUCGUUUGAAAGACAGCGAACAAAAACUCUAAUGUUCAUGAUAAAAUUAUUAUUUUAUUAUAGCUCUUUCUUUGUAUAAAGUAUGGACAUUAAGUUUAUUGUUAUUUCAAUGUUUCUGAUGAUCGCUGAUGGCUUCACUGUACGUGGUCCAUCUGGUCCUCUGUUUGUUCCUCUGGGAUCUUCAGUGAUUUUGCCCUGUUAUGUUGAUGAACUCUUACCAAUGAAGGGUCUGGAGGUGGAAUGGAGAAGAACAGACUCAGAGACUCUGGUUCAUCUGUAUCAAGAUGGUGAGAGUCGACCAGAGGCCCAGCAGCAGGAGUAUCAUGAUAGAGCUCAUUUCUUUACUGAUCAGAUUCAAUAUGGAAACUUCUCCCUCCGUCUGGACAAUCUGAGAGCUGAAGAUGAGGGAAAAUACACAUGUAAAGUUUACAGUCAGCAGGAAUCUAGUGAAACUGUGGUUCAAAUAAAAGAUGUUGAGUGUUUGCGAGUAUCAGGAUCUAAUCGGUCUGUAUCUGCAUAUGAUGGUGAAGACGUCAUUCUGAGCUGCUCUGUAGACUCUCACAUCAAACCUGAACACAUUGAAGAGGUUAAAUGGAUAAAAACUGAUGAAUAUAUUCUGGUUCUGCUCUACCAAAACAAUGAGACUUUACCAGAUUCAUCAAAUGAACAAUACAGAGACAGAGUUGAGUUCUUCACUGAUGAAAUCCCCAAAGGAAACUUCUCUCUCAGACUGAAGAGUGUCAGAACUGAAGAUAAAGGAGUUUACAUGUGUCAAGUGUUUGCUGGAGGACUUUCAGCCAAUGCAAUGGUGGUACUGGAGAGACUGGGUUUCUCUCUUUUGCACAUUAACUGUGUUGGUUUUCUGUUUUGUUUCUGGAUCUGGAGCUGUACUUCUGCUCUGCCAGUCUGAUCUACUGCAGAUCAAAAAACACAA